AGGGCAGGGCGCUUCCCGGCCGCCGCCCACCUGCCCCGGGCGUCCAGAACCCUGGAGCCGGUCCCGUAGCGCGCAGUGCGCAGCCAACGCGGCAGGUGGCGGCGUCUCCCCGCGUCCCGCCCGCUGCCCGGCCCGCAAGUCCCCGCCCUGAACCUUACGGGGAAGGCGCGCGGCUCGCCCCUGGCUGGCGGGCGGCGCUGGUCCGAGCGCCGGCGGGAGCGUGGCCGCCGUCGAGGUGCCCAGGGCACGGGACAGCGCCGGGGGCGCGCGCCGUUCCCCAACCCCGCAGCCCAGCGCCCCGGAGCGCGGCGACGUCCGGCGAGCGGCGGGGGCGGCUGGGCGGCCCCGGCAAAGCCGCUCCCGGCCCGCCCCACCCGGGCCUCUUCUCUCGUCCCGGCCAGGCGGCGGACGGGCGCCCGCGGGCCGGGGCUACAUGGAGCCCCCGCGCGGCCGUCUCCGCUGGCUGCUGCUGCUCUGGGCGGCCGGCUCGGGGCUCCUCGUCGUCCUGUACUCGGCGCUGGAGCCGCACCCCAGCCCCGGAGCCCAAGCCAGGAACACCACGCUAUCCCGGGGGAGCUUUCGACUCAACACCCUGAACUUUGGGACCAGAAAGGGCCACGCCUGCCCACGCCCGCUUCGCCAGGCCAUCCAGCAGCACCGGCACUUCCGCGGCCUCUUCAACCUCUCGGCCCCUGUGCUGCUGUGGGGGGGGCUCCUGGGCCCGGAGCUCUGGGACAGCCUGAGCCGGCACAAGGCCCCCUACGGCUGGCAGAACCUCUCCCGCCAAGCCAUCACCUCCACCCUGAACCUCCUGAACAGCUCGGAGAGCGCAGAGCUGUUUGCUGCCCCUGGGGACCUGCCACGCCCCUGUAUCCGGUGCGCCGUGGUGGGUAACGGAGGCAUCCUGAACGGGUCUCGCCAGGGUCGCAACAUCGACGCCCACACCUUUGUGUUCAGGCUCAACGGUGCCGUGGUCGAAGGCUUUGAGCACGACGUGGGCGCCAAGACCUCCUUCUACGGCUUCACGGUGAACACCAUGAAGAACUCACUGUACACCUACUGGCGCCUGGGCUUCACCUCUGUGCCCCAAGGACAGGACCUGCGCUACAUCUUCAUCCCUUCAGACAUCCGUGACUACCUGAUGCUGAGAUCGGCCAUUCUAGGAGUGCCCGUCCCCGAGGGCCCCGAUAAAGCAGACAGGCCCGACGCCUAUUUCGGACCGCACGCCUCUGCCAGGAAGUUCAAGCUGCUCCACCCGGCUUUCAUCAGCUACGUGACCAAGAGGUUUUUGAAAUCAAAGUUGAUUAACACGAAUUUUGGAGACCUAUAUAUGCCGAGUACCGGGGCCCUCAUGCUGCUGACAGCUCUGCACACCUGUGACCAGGUCAGUGCCUACGGCUUCAUCACGAGCGACUACUGGAAGUACUCUGACCACUAUUUUGACCGGGAAAAGCAGCCACUGGUGUUCUACAUAAACCACGACCUGCCCCUGGAAGCCACGCUGUGGAGGGACCUGCAUAAGGCCGGCAUCCUCUGGCUGUACCAGCGCUGAGCCCGAGCACUGAGCCCCGCAGAGCCCUGGCUUUGGCCCCCCACGAGCCCCAAAGCCCCUUUUCUCGGAACCUCCACCCCCUUGACCCUCUCCCUCCCAAGGGAAGGCACUGAGGUGGCCUUGCACCCAGACACCUGCUCCGUGCAGAACACCUGACCUGGUCCCCAGCUCACCCAAGGGAAGAUGGACCGCCCCGCUGAGCUCUCCCUCACCAGCAAGGGGCAGGUGUGUCUCAGGGCGGCACCGGUCCAGGUGACUCCAGGCCUCAGUGGUGACCGGGCCUGUGGUUCAGUGACGCAGCACACCCCACCGCCCAGACACCAAGGCGACUCAGCAGCUUUGAGGACACCUCUCAAGAACCCGAGAUGGAGACGGACUUCCACCCGACAAAAUGGGCAGAGGCCACGCCUAACUUGAGUAAUAAACGAUGGAUGGUG